CUGAGAGUGGAGUGGAGCGGAGGGCAGAGCAGCUACCCAGGUGAUUGAUCAGAGUGCGUCGUCCUUGUGAUUCAGCUUGUGUAUCGGCCAGUGGGACUAGAUUGAAUACCACCCUGUUAGUGGGACGAUGAGGCAACUAGGAGACAACUCCAGUGGGCUUGAUGUGAACGGCACCUCCUGUGAGAUCCAUGACAGCAUCCUCUCUCCUGCCUUACAAAUUCUCUACUCAAUAAUCUGCUUCUUCGGCCUGGUCAGCAACACCAUGACCAUAUUUGUGUUCUUCCUGAGGAAGCACUCCGACUCGUCCAUGGCUGUGUACAUGAACCACCUGGCUAUGUCUGACUUCCUGCUGGUGUUGUGUCUUCCCCUGCGGGUCUACUACCACAACAGCCCGGGCCCCUUCUACCUCUGCAAGGUACUGGGCGUCUUCUUCUACAUUAACAUGUACGCCAGCAUCCUGUUCCUCAGCCUGAUCAGCCUGGAUCGCUACCUGAAGAUCAUCAAGCCUGUGUGGGUCCUGAGAAUCCACAGGGUGAGGUGGAGCCACCGGGCGUCCUUCUCUGUGUGGGCAGGUCUGGUCCUGGUCAUGCCUCUUUUUUUCCUCAGCAACAACAGGCAGCACCCCUGUGACAGGAUCUGCUUCCACUUCCACCACAAAGGUCUUCUGGGGGGCGUGGCCAACCUCACCGUGGUGACCUUCUUCUAUUCUAUCUUCCUCCUCUUCAUCUGCUUCUACGCCAGGAUAACCACCAAGCUGAGGAACAUGUCCUUAGGCAACCAGGACCCCAAGGCCCAGCGGAGGAAGAGCAGGGUGAUCCUGAAGACUUUUGUGGUGCCGGUGAUCUUCACGCUCUGCUUCCUGCCGUACCACCUGGUGCGAGUGCCAUACGUGCUGGCCCAGAUGGAUGUGAUCCAGGCCCUGGGCAGUAAGCAGAUUCUCCACAUCCUCAAUGAGCUCACUCUGAUGCUGUCUGCCCUCAACAGCUGUCUGGACCCCAUCAUCUACUACUUCCUGUCUUGCACCUAUAGGAGGACCAUCCUGUGUGCCCUGCAGGGGCAGUUCAAGACCAUGUACGCUGUUAACAGCAGACGCAUCAGUAUUAACCGAUCUAUUACAGAGAUAUAGAGCUACAGUAUCUAAGGCAGGCAAUUUUAACAUUUUGCACAAAUUAAUUUGGAUAAUGGACAUUAAACAAAGUUGGAUUAACUGAAAAAGAUAAUGUAUAAUAUGUGUUAAUACUGUUGAUACUAUUGACUCUAUAAAAUAAAGUAUAGGAUAUUAUUGAAUGUCCUUUACGAAAGAUAUAUAUAAAUAUGAACUCUUGUUAUCAAUUUCUUACUGGACUUUGUAUAAUUGUUGGUCCAGUAAGAAUGUUUUUUAUUUAUUUAUUAGAAUUUGUGCAUUCUUUUUUGUUUGAGUAUGUUACUCACACUUAUGGAGGGUGGCCUUAGGUUCUCAUGGGUAAAAGGGCAAUAUACAACAUUACCCUUUAAAUGUCUUACACACAAGGAAUUCCCCAAGAUGAGUAUGCUGUUUCAUUUCAUUUCAAUGACCUACAUACUCACCUGAAGGCCACAAGAUACGUGUAGUCGCAAAACGUCUAUGUUGGCAGAAAAUGUAUUCAUUAAAUUAAGUACACUGACAAAGGCUGCUAUGACCAUGUUGUGACAGUCUUGUGCACUUUUAAAAAUAAUGUUUUUUCUGCCAUGGGAUCAAUACAUUUAUAUUUUCACACAAUAGAGAACCAUUACGUUUAUUUGUGGAGGUAUUUGCCUUUUACAAUUGCAUUAGUUAAGUUCAUCAAAGUUACUUUCAUUUGAAGAGUUUAUUUCCAAAAUGCUAUAUCCACCAAUUUUCACAUUUGUGUCACUCUGGAUGAGAUCAUCUGCUAAAUGACUAAAAUGACAUUUACAUUUUAGUCAUUUAGCAGAUGCUCUUAUCCAG